GCAAAGGCGGCAACUUUCCUUUCCCAGCACCGGUGGGAUCCGCGGGUCCCGGGGUCCGCGCCGGCCGGUCACCAUGAGCGAGGAGAGCCGCGGGGACGGCCGCGCCGAGAGCGCCAAGGACGUGGAGAAGCAGCUCCGCCUGCGCGUGUGUGUGCUCAGCGAGCUGCAGAAGACCGAGCGCGACUACGUGGGCACCUUGGAGUUCCUGGUGUCGGCAUUCUUACAUCGAAUGAACCAGUGUGCAGCAGCAAAAGUUGACAAAAAUGUAACAGAGGAAACAGUGAAGAUGUUGUUCUCGAACAUUGAAGAAAUCCUUGCUGUACAUAAAGAAUUCUUAAAAGUUGUAGAAGAAUGCUUACAGCCCGAACCUAAUGCUCAACAGGAAGUGGGAACCUGCUUUCUCCAUUUUAAGGACAAGUUUCGUAUCUAUGAUGAAUAUUGUAGUAACCACGAGAAGGCACAAAAAUUGCUUCUUGAACUGAACAAAAUAAGAACAAUCCGGACAUUUCUUUUGAACUGCAUGUUGCUUGGCGGACGAAAGAACACAGAUGUUCCCCUGGAAGGAUAUUUAGUAACACCAAUACAAAGGAUAUGCAAGUAUCCUCUCCUUUUGAAGGAGUUGCUGAAGCGGACUCCACGGAAGCACAGCGAUUAUGGGGCAGUGAAUGAAGCUCUCCAAGCCAUGAAAGCUGUCUGCUCCAAUAUCAACGAGGCCAAGAGACAGAUGGAGAAGCUGGAAGUUCUAGAGGAAUGGCAGUCUCACAUUGAAGGCUGGGAGGGCUCCAACAUUACUGACACCUGCACUGAAAUGCUGAUGUGUGGAGUCUUACUAAAAAUCUCUUCUGGAAAUAUUCAAGAACGAGUGUUUUUUCUUUUCGAUAACCUUUUGGUGUACUGCAAAAGAAAGCACAGACGGUUGAAGAACAGUAAAACAUCCACAGAUGGACAUAGGUACCUUUUUCGUGGCCGAAUCAAUACUGAAGUGAUGGAAGUGGAGAAUGUGGAUGAUGGCACAGCUGACUUUCACAGUAGUGGGCACAUUGUUGUUAAUGGAUGGAAGAUACAUAACACAGCAAAAAAUAAAUGGUUUGUUUGCAUGGCAAAGACACCUGAAGAAAAGCACGAAUGGUUGGAAGCCAUUUUGAAAGAAAGAGAGCGACGAAAAGAUUUAAAAUUAGGAAUGGAGCAAGACACCUGGGUGAUGAUCUCUGAACAGGGUGAGAAACUUUAUAAAAUGAUGUGCAAACAAGGGAAUCUGAUCAAAGACAGAAAAAGGAAACUGACUACGUUCCCUAAAUGCUUUCUUGGAAGUGAAUUUGUGUCAUGGCUGUUGGAAAUUGGAGAGAUUCAUAGGCCCGAAGAAGGUGUUCACUUGGGACAAGCAUUAUUAGAAAAUGGAAUCAUCCACCAUGUUACUGAUAAACAUCAGUUCAAGCCAGAGCAGAUGUUGUAUAGAUUUCGCUAUGAUGAUGGCACCUUUUACCCAAGGAAUGAGAUGCAGGAUGUGAUUUCAAAGGGUGUAAGAUUAUAUUGUCGUCUCCAUAGUCUAUUUACUCCAGUGAUAAGAGAUAAAGAUUACCAUUUAAGGACCUAUAAAUCUGUGGUGAUGGCCAACAAAUUAAUAGACUGGUUAAUUGCACAGGGGGAUUGCCGCACCAGAGAAGAGGCAAUGAUAUUUGGUGUUGGACUGUGUGACAAUGGAUUUAUGCACCAUGUCCUUGAAAAAAGUGAGUUCAAAGAUGAGCCCCUGCUUUUCCGUUUUUUUGCGGAUGAGGAAAUGGAAGGAUCAAAUAUGAAACAUCGACUUAUGAAACAUGAUUUAAAAGUUGUGGAAAAUGUGAUAGCUAAAUCACUGUUGAUUAAGUCUAAUGAAGGCAGCUAUGGAUUUGGGCUAGAAGACAAAAAUAAAGUUCCCAUCAUCAAGUUGGUAGAAAAGGGAUCUAAUGCUGAGAUGGCUGGCAUGGAAGUUGGAAGGAAGAUUUUUGCUAUUAAUGGUGACCUUGUUUUUAUGAGACCUUUCAAUGAAGUGGACUGUUUCCUGAAGUCAUGCUUAAACAGCAGAAAGCCUCUAAGAGUUCUUGUGAGCACAAAGCCAAGGGAGACAGUGAAAAUUCCAGAUUCAGCCGAUGGACUUGGAUUCCAGAUUCGAGGAUUUGGGCCUUCAGUUGUGCAUGCAGUAGGAAGAGGAACUGUGGCUGCAGCAGCUGGCCUUCACCCUGGACAGUGUAUUAUCAAAGUAAAUGGGAUCAAUGUCAGCAAAGAGACACAUGCUAGUGUCAUUGCCCACGUGACAGCCUGCCGGAAAUACAGGCGACCAAUGAAGCAAGACUCCAUACAGUGGGUUUAUAACAGCAUUGAGAGUGCUCAAGAGGACCUCCAGAAGUCCAGUGCCAGGACCCCAGGGGAUGAAGCAGGGGAUGCUUUUGACUACAAGGUAGAAGAGGUAAUCGACAAGUUCAAUACCAUGGCCAUCAUUGAUGGGAAGAAAGAGCACGUGAGCCUGACAGUGGACAAUGUCCACCUGGAGUAUGGGGUUGUGUAUGAGUAUGACAGCACUGCUGGGAUAAAGUGCAAUGUGGUGGAGAAGAUGAUCGAACCUAAAGGUUUCUUCAGCUUAACUGCCAAGAUUCUUGAGGCCCUUGCUAAAAGUGAUGAUCAUUUUGUACAAAACUGUACCAGCCUUAAUUCUCUCAAUGAAGUGAUUCCAGCUGACCUACAGAGUAAAUUCAGUGCUGUGUGUAGUGGAAGAAUUGAACACAUAUGCCAGAGAAUAUCCAGUUAUAAAAAGUUCUCUCGAGUGUUAAAGAAUAGAGCCUGGCCCACCUUUAAACAGGCCAAAUCUAAAAUCUCUCCACUGCACAGCAGUGAUUUCUGCCCUACCAACUGCCAUGUCAAUGUGAUGGAAGUUUCUUAUCCCAAAACAUCAACUUCUCUGGGGAGUGCAUUUGGUGUUCAACUGGAUAAUAGGAAGCAUAAUUCUCAUGAUAAAGAAAAUAAAUCUGAGCAAGGGAAACUGAGCCCUAUGGUGUACAUUCAGCACACAAUUACUACCAUGGCAGCACCUUCUGGUCUAUCUCUGGGACAACAAGGAGGCCAUGGUCUCCGGUAUUUGUUGAAAGAAGAAGAUUUGGAAACACAAGAUAUUUAUCAGAAGCUUCUGGGAAAACUCCAUACUGCACUGAAAGAGGUGGAGUUAUGUGUUUGUCAAAUAGAUGAUCUUCUGUCUUCAAUAACAUAUUCUCCUAAAUUGGAGCGUAAGACCUCAGAAUGUGUAGUACCAACAGACAGCGACAAUGAGAAAGGAGAAAGAAACAGCAAACGAGUCUGUUUCAAUGUGGCAGGGGAUGAGCAAGAAGAUUCAGGCCAUGACACCAUCAGCAACAGAGAUUCCUACAGCGACUGCAACAGCAACAGGAACUCCAUCGCCUCUUUCACGAGCAUCUGCAGCAGCCAGUGCAGCUCCUACUUCCACAGUGACGAAAUGGACUCAGGUGAUGAACUUCCCCUUAGUGUCCGCAUUUCUCAUGAUAAACAGGACAAGAUACACAGUUGCCUUGAGCAUCUUUUCAGCCAGGUGGAUUCAAUUACCAAUCUUCUGAAAGGACAAGCUGUGGUGAGGGCCUUUGAGCAAACCAAGUAUCUCACUCCAGGUCGAGGAUUACAAGAAUUUCAACAGGAAAUGGAAGCAAAGCUGAACUGUCCCAAAAGGUUGAGGCUUCACAUCAAGCAAGAUCCUUGGAAUCUUCCCAGUAGUGUCCGGGCUCUCGCUCAGAGCAUCAGAAAGUUUGUGGAAGAGGUGAAGUGUAGGAUGCUCUUGGCUCUUCUUGAGUAUUCAGAUAGUGAAACACAGCUUCGGAGAGACAUGGUUUUCUGUCAAAGCCUCGUGGCCACUGUCUGCGCCUUCUCAGAGCAGCUUAUGGCGGCCUUAAACCAGAUGUUUGAUAACAGCAAGGAAAGUGAGAUGGAAACGUGGGAAGCCAGCAGGAGGUGGCUGGAUCAGAUAGCGAAUGCAGGGGUUCUUUUCCACUUUCAAUCACUUCUAUCACCAAACUUGACGGAUGAACAAGCCAUGCUAGAAGAUACCCUGGUUGCGCUGUUUGAUUUAGAGAAGGUUUCCUUUUACUUCAGACCAUCAGAAGAGGAACCGUUGGUUGCAAAUGUUUCUCUAACAUACCAAGCAGAAGGAAGCCGGCAAGCUCUGAAAGUUUACUUCUACCUAGAUAGUUAUCAUUUUGAACAACUACCCCAAAGGUUGAAAAAUGGCGGAGGAUUUAAAAUUCAUCCCGUUCUCUUUGCACAAGCCCUGGAAAGUAUGGAAGGAUAUUACUAUAGAGACAAUGUUUCUGUGGAAGAAUUUCAAGCGCAGAUAAAUGCAGCAUCCUUGGAAAAGGUUAAACAAUAUAACCAGAGGCUCCGAGCCUUCUACUUGGACAAGUCAAAUUCACCACCAAACUCCACAUCUAAAGCUGCUUAUGUAGAUAAGCUCAUGAGGCCUCUCAAUGCUUUGGAUGAGCUCUAUCGCCUGGUAACCUCAUUCAUCAGAUCCAAGCGGACAGCUGCUUGUGCAAACACGGCAUGCAGUGCAUCUGGAGUUGGACUGCUGUCAGUUUCCUCAGAACUCUGUGACAGGCUGGGGGCCUGCCACAUCAUCAUGUGUAGCAGUGGUGUGCAUCGGUGUACCCUGAGUGUGACUCUGGAGCAGGCCAUCAUCCUCGCCAGAAGCCACGGGCUGCCUCCUCGCUACAUCAUGCAGGCUACAGAUGUGAUGCGGAAGCAGGGAGCAAGAGUUCAGAACACAGCAAAGAAUUUGGGAGUCAGAGACCGGACCCCUCAGUCAGCACCCAGGUUGUACAAGCUGUGUGAGCCACCUCCUCCUGUGGGGGAUGAAUGAAGACCCUUCACAAGGAGACAACAGUCAGAAGCUACACAAUGCACAUGUCUCAACAUUCUCCACUGAAAAUAAAGAGAUGCCUUCGUUCAGUUCCCUCCCCAUGGUGGAAAAAUUAACAUUCAGAUUGUACUUGGAUACUUAUGCUGAAAUAGAUAAGAGUUCAUGCAGACAGUCAGUCUUAUCAAAGAAAUUCUUUUUUUCAGGUCAAAAUUCACUGGUGGAAUUCAUGGGGGAAAUAUUAGAGGUAAAAAAAAAAAUAGUAGCAAUUGUACCUGCUUUCUCAUUCGUUAUAGUGUUUGCUUUCCACUGCUCCUCAUGGACAGAGCUAAUGGUGAUAGAUUUUUCCUGAAGAAGUCUGUCAUGGAGAAAACAUAGUUGCGUUCUGUGUGCCCUGAAAACAGGUUAGCACCCAUGUAGCCUUGGUGGCAUGGGUGCUUUGUUCCUCGUCUGUGUCAGAGAAGGCAUCUGUCAAAGGUGGAGAAGCGUGUGUUGCUUUCCCCCAAAGGAUUCUCAGUCGGGAAGAGCUGUUGAGUUCUCAGAAUGACAUCUUCCAAUGCUUUUGGGUAUAUUUCAAGUACUAGAUCCUGUGUUAUCAGUGGCCACGAAUAAGGAGUAGUGAGGACCAAGGAAGAGAAACACAAGCCUAAUGUAAAAACCCAGCCUUGAACAUAGAACUAUCCUUUCUUCCUUAAGUAUAAUCUGUCUUCAUGUGUUGAGCAUUACGAGUGAAUUAUUAUUGGUCUUAAAUACAUGGCUUUCAAAAUAAUUAAACAUUCUUACAGUGAA